CAGAGACAGAGAGAGAGAGAGAGAGAAGCGUGAGGGAUAAAUGCCGAUAAGGUUUCACAAGCCUGUGUGAAAGAGACUGGCAGCCGGAAUAAGAGGGAGGGAGAGGGAGAGGGAGAGAGGGAGUGAGAGAGAGGGAGUGAGAGAGAGGGAGUGAGAGAGAGGGAGUGAGAGAGAGACAGAGAGCAGUAGAGCCGAGCCCAGGCAGUUGGAGGAGCAGUUUAUUCCCAGAGGUCCUGCCGGUGCACUUCUCCCUCGCCCUCUGCCACUCUCUUCUCUCCAACCCAGGUCAGGUGAUGUCGCCGGAGCGUCUGGGCGGUGGUUGGCUGUGGAGGCUGAUCAUGGCCGUGCUGCUGAGGGUCUCUCUGGGCCACGCCGCCCCCCCCAGCCCCACCGACGGGACGGACUGCAGAGCCAGGGGUCCGGCCUCCUACAUCCUGGUGUUCACGGGUCUCUGGAGCCCCCAGACCUUCCCCAAGCAGUACCCCAUGUUCCGCCCGCCCGCCCAGUGGUCCAAACUCAUAGCCGUGACCCACAACAGCCGGUUCCAGCUGUGGCGGGAGGGCGCGGCGGCCGGCGGUGGCGUGCAGAGCUUCGCUGAGCUGGGGCUGACGGUGGAGGUGGUGAAGGAGGCCAAGGAGGCCCGGAAGAGGCGCGCGGUGGGGGCCAUGUACCGGACGGCCGGCAUCCCCAACGGCAUCAGCCACAGCUCCACGGAGCUGCUGAUGCAGCCCCGUACCCCGCUGCUCUCGCUGAUGGUGAAGGUGAUUCCAAGCCCUGAUUGGUUCGUCGGCGUGGACAGCUUCAGCCUCUGCGAAGGCGGCCAGUGGAAACAGGAAGUGACCCUUGACCUCCAGCCGUUUGACGCCGGGACCGACAGCGGCUUCACCUUCUCCUCCCCCAACUACCCGACCGUCCCGGUGGAGAACGUCACGCGGAUCACCUCCCAGAUGCCCCACCACCCCGCCAACUCCUUCUUCUACCCGCGGCUCAAGGAGCUCCCGCCCAUUGCCACCGUCAAGGCCAUCCGCCAGGACCGCUCGUCGGCGCGACAGGUCCCCAUGUCCAAUCACAUCCUGCCCAACUCCAUCCGCCCCCAGAGGUUCUCAGAGACGCCGCUGGACUGCGAGGUGGCGCUCUGGUCUUCCUGGGGGCUCUGUCUGGGCUCCUGCUCCCGCGGGGGGGUCCGCCACCGCAGCCGCUACAUCCUGCUGCGGCCCGCCAACGCGGGCACGCCCUGCCCCGAGCUGGAGGAGCAGGCCGAGUGCACGCACCACAACUGCCUGAGGCGGCAGUAGUGAGUCGUAGUGAGUGGCGGCCCCAGUGAGGCGGUGCUGGCCGGG